AUGACCCCCUUGCUGAACGUAUCCUGCGGGCCGCGCAUCUUCCACCCGACGUGCGUGGACGUCAAUAUGAUCCGAUUCAGCACCUAUGCCCGCGAGAUGCAAAAUACCAUCGUCCACAUUGACACUUUUGGGGGCGAAGGCACCUGGACAAACUUCGUGUUCAAUCUGCAUCUAUCCGACAGUUUCGAUGACACAGGCACAGCGUUCUGGAAGGAGGUUGGGGCAAGCAUCUCUGCUCGACCAAGAAGUGGGGAGUCGAAAGGAACGAGGACAUUUCACAGGCAGGUGCGGCGCAUGCAGGACAUGCUGUCGUAUGGACGUGAUCAGCUGUUAGCCUGGCGGGAACACGAGAAGUUUCCGGGGGUCAAUGUCCUCAACGACUCCGACCCGACGGGACACCUGCAGCUGCUGGCCUAUGUGCCCUUCCGCCUGAACACUGCUGUGCUGUGGCGUUCCGACGUCUUUCACAGCCCGGCCUUCGACCCUGCCAGCCACGCACGCCUCAGCAGCGAUCCGGCGACGUCGCGGACGCUCCUGCAGGCCUUCCUGGGCACGCAUCCCCUCCGCCAGCGGCCCCUCCACAACUCUGGGGUGGAGUUUCCCAGGACUGCCAGCAGCCAGCGCCCUUUGACCGAGCCCCCCGAGCCGCCACAUCCAAGCCCAAGGCGGGCCGCUCACGAGGCAGCAGCCCUGGCGGUGCAGCGCCGACAAACUUCUGGAAAGCUGCUGGCCCUCUUGGCUGGGCUCCUGGGAGUCUGCUUCCUCCUGUGCCUGGGAAGCCUAAAGCUGGUCCUGGCCUAG